AACUUUCCUUUCUUUUGUAUUGUUGAAAGGCACCCUAUAUUCAUUGUACAUUCCUUUCAUUUUAUCUUCUUUUUUCUUAUAUAUAUUUUUUUCUUAUUAAAAACCUAUUUUUCUUAUUAUUGUUCUAAUGACCAAAUAUAUUAUUGUCUCUGGUGGUGUGAUUUCUGGUAUUGGUAAAGGUGUUAUUGCUUCCAGUACUGGUACUUUAUUGAAGAGCUUGGGUUUACGGGUUACUGCUAUCAAGAUUGAUCCCUAUUUGAACAUUGAUGCUGGUUUAAUGAGUCCUUUGGAUCAUGGUGAAGUGUUUGUCUUAUCUGAUGGUGGAGAAGUAGAUCUUGAUUUGGGUAAUUAUGAACGUUUCUUGGAUGUAGAAUUGAGUCGUAUCAACAACAUCACUACUGGCAAGAUUUAUAGUGAAGUGAUCGAAAAGGAACGUAAAGGUGAUUAUUUGGGCAAGACUGUGCAAGUGGUACCUCAUAUUACAGAUGCAAUUCAAAACUGGGUGGAACGCGUGGCUACCAUGCCUGUGGAUGAUUCUGGUGAACAACCUGAUGUGUGUAUCAUUGAAUUGGGUGGUACUGUGGGUGAUAUUGAAUCUGCUCCCUUUGUUGAAGCCAUGCGUCAAUUCCAAUUCCGUGUAGGUCAUGACAACUUUUGUUUGAUUCAUGUCUCCUUAGUUCCUGUGGUUGGCUCAGUGGGUGAACAAAAGACAAAGCCUACUCAAAUGAGUAUCCGUGAUCUCCGUGGUGCUGGUUUAUCUCCUGAUUUGAUUGCUUGUCGAUCCUCUAAACCUUUGGAUGAAAGUGUUGCUUCCAAGAUCUCCAUGUUUUGCCAUGUUGCUCCUGAACAAGUCUUGGCUGUUCAUGAUGUCGCCUCUGUUUAUCAUGUUCCUAUGUUGAUGCGUGAUAGCGGUGUUGUCGAAUUUUUCCGUCGUCGUCUCAAUCUGGAUCAAGUCGUUAUUCCUGAAUCUCGUCGUCUUGCUGGUGAAGCUGUAUGGUCAAAGUGGACUGAAUUGGCUGCUAAUCAAGAACGUUUGUUUGAAACAAGUACAAUUGCAGUUGUUGGUAAAUAUACUUCGCUCCAUGAUUCUUAUAUCUCUGUAGUCAAAGCUUUGGAACAUGCUAGUUUGGCUGUUAAGCGCAAGUUGCAAAUCAAAUGGAUUGAAGCUACUGAUUUGGAACCUGAAGCACUCAAGACUGAUCCUAUCAAAUUCCAUGAAUCAUGGCAAAACCUUUGCUCUGCUGAUGGUAUUCUUGUACCUGGUGGUUUUGGUAAUCGUGGUAUUGAAGGUAUGGUAUUGGCUGCUAAAUGGGCUCGUGAAAAUAAGGUACCUUAUUUGGGUAUUUGUCUUGGUAUGCAAAUUGCUGUGAUGGAAUUCGCUCGUAACGUAUGUGGUAUUGAAAAUGCUCAUUCGGCCGAAUUCUUCCCUGAUUGUGAAAAUCCUGUGGUGGUCUAUAUGCCUGAAAUCUCAAAAACUCAUAUGGGUGGUACCAUGCGUCUUGGCGUGCGUCCUACUUUGUUCCAACCUGGUUCUGAAGAUUCUCGUGUUCGCAAGCUUUACGAUAAUAAGACCUCUAUUGAUGAACGUUAUCGUCAUCGUUAUGAAGUCAAUCCUGAUCGUGUGCCUGAAAUGGAAUCUCAAGGUCUUCGUUUUGUCGCCAAGGAUGAUACUGGUGAUCGUAUGGAAAUCGUUGAAUUAGCUGAUCAUCCUUAUUUUGUUGGUUGUCAAUUCCAUCCUGAAUAUUUGACUCGUCCUUUGAAACCUUGUCCUACCUUUUUGGGUCUCCUCAAAGCUACCACUGGUGAAAAGCUCUAAUCUUCUUUAUUUUUAGUCAUUACUCUAUUUUUUUUUAUUUUAUAUUAUUGUGUAUAUAUACUCCAUAGAAUUUCUUUAUCAUUUUCUUCAUCUCUUUUUUUUUUUUUUUCGUUUUGUUUCAUC